AUGGCAAAACCCCGGAUCCCCUACAUCGGCCACGUCCUCGGCGCCGCGACCAGCCACACGGCCUACGCGCAGCGCCUCAGCGCCGCGCACCCGACCAAGCCCGUCGCGACCUUGCACCUCGGCGCCACGAAAUGCUACGCCGUCUUCCACCCGGCCCUGCAGCACGCGCUCAUGCGGUCCCGCGCCGUCAAGUACGACGAGUACCCGCCGGGCGCCGUGCCGGCCGGCUUCGGCGUCGACCCGCGCGUCAUGGCCGUGCUGAGCCGGCCCGACCUGGCCGCGCGCUACAUGCACGAGGCCGCCGGCAUGCUGGGCGGCGAGCCGCUGCGCCGCAUGGAGCGCCGCGCCUUUGCGCACCUGCAGUCGCGGCUCAACGCCCUGCCGCGCACCGCCGCCACCGCCGACAGCCUCUACGUCUGGCUGCGCGACGCCAUGAGCAUGGCGACGGCCGAGGCGCUGUUCGGCGAGCACAACCCCUACCGCACGCGCGCCGCCGCCCGCGACCCCCUGUCACUAUUCCGCGACCAGUGGACCUUUGAGCGCAGCCUGGGCCGGCUGCUGCUGGCGCGCGGCUCGGCGGCGGCGCGCGUGCUGGCGCCCGCGGGCUGUCGCGCCAGGGACCGCGUGCACGCCGCGCUGGCGGGGUACUACGCGGCGGGGGAGGAGGCGCAGGGCGCGGCGGCGGUGGUGCAGGGGCGCGCGGCGCUGCUGCGGGAGGCCGGGCUGAGCGCGGCCGAGUUUGCGCCGCACGAGAUCACCGCCAUGCACGGCGCCACCAGCAACACCAUCCCGACGCUGUUCUGGACCGUCGCCAACGUCUACCUCUGCCCGGAGCUGGUGGCCGAGCUGCGGGCGGAGCUGGAAGCCGCGGUGGAGCUGGCGCCGCUGCCGGGUGGAGCUGCAGAUGCCAAGCAGCUCGUGCGCAUCCGGCCGGCCGAGCUGGAGUCGCGCUGCCCCCUGCUGGCAGACUGCGUCCGCGAGGCGCUCAGGCUGUCGAGCCAGUGGAUAGGCUGGCGGACGACGCACGCCGACGUGGAGAUCUCGGCCGAGCAGAGCCCCGACGGCAGGCCGUAUCUGCUCAAGCGCGGCGUGCAGGUCAUCAUGCCCGCCGGCAUCACGCACCGGGCGCCGUCGGUUUGGGCAACGGCCACAGCGGACCCCGAGUCGUCCAAGGACGGCGGCGGCGGCAGCGUGGAAGAAUUCGAUCCGCGGCGGUUCGCGGCGCAGUCCAAGCACAAGAUCAAGUCGACCAAGGGCGGGCUGGGCUACGUGCCCUUUGGGGGCGGGCCGUAUCUCUGUCCCGGGCGCAACUUUGCCAACCACGAGAUCUUGGGCUUCGUCGCCGCGCUGGUGCUCGGGUUUGACAUUGUGGGGCUGAAACGAGACAAGGUCAAGAUGCGCCCGGCCAGGAUAUACGAGGUGAGUGCAAAGCCGGCCAAGGGAGGCGAUGGUGGCAGGGUGCAGAUACAAAGAAGGAACAACUGGGAGCAUGUGCAGUUUGAAUUCGUAUUUGCAAACUAG